GCCCGCGCCCGGUUCUGGGUAGUAGUGCCGCGUCGCCGUUCACGGCUCUCCAUUCUCGUAUCGCACGCCGUUGCGGUAGGACGUGCUCCGCGCUUCUGCGUCCAGACAUUUAACAGCGUCACGCCACACAGAGACUACCACGUGUACUCCGGAACGUGCGACACAUUUCCGGCCAAGUUUCCGUGCGCGUCCGUGACUCUGGCUUCGCGAGUUCCGCGUUAGAGGAUUCUUAGCCGCGCUAAGAACUCUCUGUCUCCCUUUCUCUCACUUCUCACGUGGCCGUGGUCGCGUGCCUCUCGUCCCGGAUUACCUUGCGUCUCAAAGGUAUCUUCCGCAGCAUCUUCCGGCGGUGUGGAACAACGACCAGGCUAGAGGAGAUAUUGUCUUCGCGCAGGAACGGCGUAACUUCAGAAACCAACUAAGGACCAACUGCCUUUCUCGCCAGAGAACGUAUUUUCGCCUUGCGAACUAUUCCACGCACCGGGAUCACGCGAACAUCGCCUUUCCGAUCGGAACCUCGCGGAAAGUUUCCCACAAGCUUACUCGCUCUUCGACCAGCAACAUCCAGACGCGCUGCAAAAUGAUGCUGAUGCAGGAACCCGGCUGGAAGCUGGAGCGCAAGGGCUCUGGUGCACAAGUGUUGCGGAAGGACGGCAAUCACUUCAAGAGCAGCACCGCGCGUGUCUGCUUCCGUUGCGACGUCGAGGUGCGCGAGUUCGAGCGUGACGAGGAUUACGGCACGAUGGAGAACGCGGAAUCGGAAUCAGCCGCGAGUCCGCUAGCGAUGCUGUCCAGCUGCGUGGCGGCACUCUGCGUCACCAUCCUGCUGCCAUGGCUGCUGAUUGGCGGCUAGGCGAUCACCGUCAUUGAUCGUGGCGGGACGUCGUCCCUCUUUGAAGAAUUCACGUGGCAACAUGUCAGUUUCUCGACUGAUUUUUAACUAUGGGAACGCGUCCUCGAGCAUUGACAAUGGUUGGCGACGAUUGUGACAUCCUUUCCCUCUUUUCCCCUUUUGGGUAACCAGACACACAGCCGCAAUGACUAUUCUGAUACAUCAUGGAUGUUUGCCUUGUUGUUUCCUGGACCCGCGAUGGAGAUCUAGAUCGGGCUUGACACGCUACGGUUGUAUGGGAUUCUCCAUUGUGCUUGCGGUAUCCGAUCGAUAUGGCGAUCCAGAAGUUUGUUGCAUUCUCAUCGAUUCUGUGACGUUCCGGACAUUCUUUGGAAUCUACGGUGGGGCAGAGAAAUUUGUGAAAUUGUGAUUUGGCGCUAGCGUGUGUGAUUUAAUAUCUAGUAAAUGUGGAUGUAUCUGUAAUAUAGCGACUGGUUGAAAGUUCGUAACUUUCGCUUGAAAAAUAUCAAACUCGCGCAUAUUUUCCAGAACAGAUUGCGGGACGGCGACGUCUUGAGGCUUGGUCGUUAUCCAAAACUCUCGAUGUUACAAACAGCAAGAAUAUUCGACUAAUUCUUUGUAAUUGCGUUAAGAUGGAAACAGAAGAAUUGUAAUACAUUGAUUUUACAAUGGCGAGAUUCAAGAAAAACUUCCAAGAUCCAAAAUAUGAUUGUAUUUUGUGCUAAGUAUAAUGUAAACGAAAAUUUUAUAGAUAUUUACACAUAUACAAUUGCAAUAAGAAAGACCUGUUACAAGAUGAAAAAUAGAAAUUAUUGAAAUCCGAUACCGCUUAUCGUUGGCAAACGAUCGAUAUCUAUUCAACCUGCACUUUCUACAGGUGGCACCGAGGUGCGCGAUUCACUUCCUCCUAUUCCAGAAACCGUCGGUUACAGCAGCAGCUGUUAAGAUUUAACGGUCCCGUACAGCAGCUGUGCUACUGCAGAUUUAUCCCAGCCGUUUUAUGGACCCUGCUGUAUCGUUAGGUUUUAGAUUAAGAGCCGGGUAAUACACAGAGCCGGCUACGAAUCCGCGAGACCGCGAGGACAUGUAGCGGGACUAUAAAGUCGGGGAAACGAUAUAAUAUCCUGUCCAGCGCAGAGCUGUCGACAAUCUCGAGAUAGCUCCGAGUAUAUGGAUGGUAGAUAUAUACGUUAUCAUUUACAUGCCGUCGAUAUUGCAAGGUUUUAGUACUCGGUAUCAAGGUAUCAGUGAUGCCAGAAAAAGUAUUCGGAAAAUAAAAGAAGAGAGAGCGCGAUAGGGAUUCCAAGCUUCAUAAAUUUCAAAGAGAAAUUUCCUGAAUCGCAAGUUUUACAAAUUCCCAAGUUUCAUCAAUUAAACUAGAUUUACUCUUACACAUAAAAGCGUCCAAUCUCUAAAUUAUCUAUUGAAGAGUUAUUCUCUCUCUCUUAUGUUCCCAUGACUAUCGAUUAAGCCAUAAGCAGGAUCUAGGGCAGUCUGCAGUUUGAUUCACCGUACGAGAUACUUCAUCGCAGCGUGCUUCACUGAAUUUUCCUCGAGAAGAACUUGUCUCGGAAUUUGUCGAGAAAUUUGUCAAUAACAGCGACGAUACUGUCGGCAAGAUACUUUAUGUAAAUUAGCCGAAGAGAGAGCUGUUUUUUCAAGCUUCCUCUCUUUUUUGCUUCUUUAAACGCACUCUCAGGCUAUUGACUAACUUCUCUAACUAACUGAC